AUGGAUGAGCUGCAUUGUGGAUUUUGCACCCAGAUAUGUUUUUUCCGGGAAAGCAAGACUCAAGUGUUUGGAUGUUUAUGCGAUAAUUGCCAGAAAGUCUCUUGUAGGGAUUGUAGCAAAAUAUCCUCACAGGAGGUAAGGUGUGCAAUUGCUGAAACAAGAACCGUCCUGAUAUGGUGCAGGGAUUGCAUUGAGAAAUUUUCUGAAUUCAAUAGUGCCGAUAAGAAUUUAAAUAAGGUUAAUUCCGAGGUCUCUGCGAACUACACACAAUUGCUAGCUAGUACUAAUGAAGUAACCAAACGCCUACUUAAUGAGACCCUAGAGGAGGUGGAAGGACGUCUAAUUGAGAAGUUUGACGCCAUGUUCAAAGUUGUGUUGGAGAGCAAUAAGGAGCUGGUGCGAUUUUUGCUGGAAAAGCAAAAAAAAGAACGCAACUUACUGGAGGCCGGGGUGGACGUCGCAGCGCCGCCUUUUCCCCCAUCACAAGACAAAGUUCGAACAAGACAGACCAAUGUUGCCAAAUUUUCCUCUUCUUCUUUUCCUGCGCCAGUGGAUCUGCAAGUAGAACAGCAGCAAAUCGAGCAGGAGCAGGAAGUGCAGGCACGAUUGAGAACUGAAAGCGCUCUUCGACAGGUGAGAGAGGAGGGAGAUGAAGAGGAUAUAAACAAAAACAAGGAAUCAGCUGAGACUGAAUUUACUUUGGUGCAAAAUCGAAAAAGAAGGAACGUGAAUAAACUGAUAAAUGGAUCUCCUAAUUGGAGCUUAUUCUGCUCUUUCGAUGGUAACCAAUCACCAUCUGUAUCUGGAAGCGACAUACUUAUACACAGGUGUCCUGGAGUCAAUGUUGCUGAAUUAUCUGGAUCAUUUGAUAUCUGA